GUUCAAAUUGCCAUUGCUAGCCGUGGUGAUUAUAGAAUAGGCGCCUUUGUAUCCCUUAUUCUUAUCUGAAAUCAGUAUGGCCUAUGCAAUGCUGCACUGAGGCAAUGCAAGGGAGUAACAACCGGGUUAUGUUACACAAUAUGAGUAACCGCCAGGAGAGAGUACAUUUUGGCACACUCGAGCGGGAUGCUGUCGGUUAUGCAAAGCGCAAGCGUGAGGAGGAACAGCAAGAAACUCAAGAAGCCGGCACAUCGCGUAUAUCCAACAUUGACCUUGACAUGAUUGAAGAGGUGGUCGACGAGGCAGAAGAUGCGGAAUUGCGUUCAGAAACACUGGAGAGUCGGCGCAUGGCCAUGCAGGAGUUUGAGCGCAAGCGUAUAGCACGGGCGAUUGCGGUACCUACCGACGACGAAAAAGUAAAGCUUGCCCUGCGCAAACACGGGCAUCCAAUCUGUUUGUUUGGCGAGGAUGCAGGUGACCGGCGGUCGCGGCUGCGGUACAUCUUGUCAAAAAUUGCCAUGGAGGGUGGCCAGAUCGAUGAGCAGGCAGAUAAGGAAAAAGGCGGUACUGGGAGCGACGAUGAAGACGAGGAGUUUUUCACCGAGGGGUCUCAAGAGCUGCUGAAAGCACGCAGAGACAUUGCAGGGUUCUCACUAGGCCAAGCACAGAAGCGUAUUGAGCGACAGGGUGAGGAGUUCAAGGUGCCACUGGUAGAGGUGAGGCAGAGGCGGCAAGAGUUGGUUGCGAAGCUGAAGAAUUAUGCAAACAUGGGAUCGCAGGUGGGUGAUGACCGGCCACUAUCGCGAGGCAUUUUCUCGCCUGACUCGCAGCACUUAUUGACAGCCUCGUGGACUGGUCACAUCAAGCUCUGGAGUAUCCCGGACUGCCAGCCCAUCCGCACUUAUCGCGGGCACACCGAUCGGGUUGGUGGUCUGUCAUUCCAUCCUCAGGCUGGAUCACAGGGCGAAGAGACGGCUGAUUUUGCCAGUGGUGCAGCAGACAGUCAGAUCCUCCUGUGGUCGAUGGGCAAGGAGGCGCCGGUAGGCAAGCUGGAGGGCCAUGCCAGCCGUGUCGUGCAUGUGCAUCACCACCCAUGUGGCAAAUACUUGGGCAGCGCCAGCUAUGAUGGGUCAUGGCGACUGUGGGAUCUCACGACACAAACAGAGCUGCUGCUACAAGAGGGACAUUCACGCGAGCUGUUUGCACUGAGGUUCCAGUGCGAUGGCUCUCUGGCAGCUACAGGCGGUCUGGACGGGAUCGGGCGGGUGUGGGACCUGCGGUCUGGCCGGUCGAUUAUGAGCCUGCAGGGCCACGCCAAAGAGAUCUUUGGCAUAGACUGGUCGCCGAAUGGGUUCCAGGUGGCCACAGGCAGCGCCGACAAUACGGUCAAGAUUUUCGAUCUGCGACGGAUCGCGCAGGUACACGAGAUUCCCGCACACCGGUCUAUUGUGACGGAUGUGCGAUUUUCGGUGCACGAUGGGGGCAGUAUCUAGCGACGUCGUCAAAUGACGGGCUGGUGAAUGUAUGGACGGCGGGCGACUGGCGGCUGCAAAAGUCGCUGGCAGGACAUUCAGGCAAGGUUAUGAGCGUGGACAUUUCCAGUGACGGCAGCUGCAUGGCCUCGACCGGAUACGACUGCACGCUCAAGCUGUGGAU